AUGAAGCCUGGAUUAUACCAGUGGUUAAUCGGUUGCUUUGCGGCGUUGGGCUCAUUUCUUUUCGGCUUCGAUCUUGGAGUUAUUGCUGAGGUUGUAGCUUCUGACUCAUUCAAGACUUUGUUUUUACAAGAAGAUGCCGAUUCUAGGUCUGGGACUGUGGUGGCCCUGUUCACAGGUGGUUGUUUCGUAGGAGCUCUGGGAGCGGGCUUUUCUGAUAGACUCGGUCGAAGAGGCACAAUACUUAUGGCGUGUUGUAUCUUCGUCGUUGGCGGUGUUAUUCAGACUGCUGGGGUGGCUAUUGCUAUGUUAUAUGUUGGCAGACUCAUUGCCGGUAUUGGAGUCGGCUUUUUGACUAUGAUCAUCCCUAUCUACCAAGCAGAGAUCUCCCAUCGCAAACUCAGAGGCAGAGUCACCAGUCUACAGCAACUCUUCAAUGCUCUUGGUCAAAUAUUCGCGACAUGGACUGGAUAUGGAUGCUAUAUGACUUGGACAGGCACUGGAGAUAGCCGUGAAUGGAGGAUACCUCUCGCAAUUCAGAUCAUCCCAGCACUCUUUCUCGGUGGAUUAGUGUAUUUGUUCCCCGAAUCUCCAAGGUGGCUAUGUGAUCACGACUUCGCCGAUCAAGGACUGAAAAAUCUCGCUCAAUUACACGCUCAUGGCGACACAGCGGAUCCUUACGUCGUCGCAGAAUUCAAGCUCAUCCAGUCACAAAUUGCGGUUGAGCACGCUCAGGAGUCCAAGACGUAUCUGGAUCUUUUCAGAGGCUGGCCGAAUCUUCGUCGCACAAUUCUUGUAAUGAUGAUUCAAGCCGAAUGUCAAAUGACAGGUGUGUCCGCAAUCCAAUAUUUCUCUCCUCAAAUCUUCGCCCAAAUCGGAAUCCCGACUGGAACGACCCUGCUCCUGCAAGCCGUCAAUGCCAUAAUCGCAUUCCUAGGGACUGCUGUAUGCAUCUCCAUUAUCGACAAAGUCGGCCGCAGACCCAUGGAGAUCUGGGGUGCUGGAAUAAUGUGCAUAACCUUCAUUAUCAACGCUUCCUUGAUCAAGAUCUACCCCGCCACCUCGACCAACACUGGAGCACAUUGGUCGUUCAUCACGAUGACAUGGAUUUUCAACUUCGUGUUCUUUAUCACGAGUGGUCCCCUCUCUUGGGCAAUUCCGGCCGAGCUUUUCGGCACAGCCCUCCGCACGAAAGGUGUCUCGUUGGGGGCGAUGACAAGUUUCGCAUUCAACACAAUGAUUGGACAGGUUACUCCAAUUGCUAUUUCCGCCAUCGGGUGGCAGUUCUAUGUCAUAUUUAUUGUUUGUAAUGCUGUGAACGGGGUGAUUUUCUGGGCCUUCUUGCCGGAGACCAAAGGGUUGAAUUUGGAGGAUAUGGAUGAAUUGUUUCGCGAUUCUCCAACUUUUGUCCCGGGUUCGAAGUGGCAACCUAACUCACAUAUCGAUGCUGAUGCUGAGACCGUUGCGGAGCAGGAGAUGAGACUUGGGUUUGGCAAUGGGAAAUUUGGGCGGGACGAAAGUAUGGAGGCAAGUGAGCAUGUUGAAAAUGCUAAGGGUGAGGUCUUCGAUUAA